CUUCUAGAAAAUCCUUGAAGAGAACCUGCUUCAAGAGUGCAAAUAAUAUUAGACUAGGGGGAGAAGAUUUAUGUACCAACAGGACAAUGACCCCAAGUAGACACAUCUCAACAACAAACUGUUCAGUAGAGACUAUAUGAAUCAGGCCUUCAUGGUUGAAUUGCUGCAAAGAAACCAUUACUAAAGGACAUCAAUAACAAGAAGAGACUUGCUUGGGCCAAGAAACACGAGAAAUGGACAUUAGACCGGUGGAUAUCUGUCCUUUGGUCUGAUGAGUCCAAAUGUGAGAUUUUUGGUUCCAAUCGCUGUGUCUUUAUGUGACGCAGAGAAGGUGAACGGAUAAUCUCUGCAUGUGCGGUUCCCACCAUGAAGCAUGGAGGAGGUGUGAGGGUGCUUUGCUGGUGACACUGUCAGUGAUUUAUUUAGAAUUCAAGGCACACUUAACCAGCAUGGCUACCACAGCAUUCUGCAGCGAUAAGCCAUCCCAUCUGGUUUGCGCUUAGUGGUACUAUCAUUUUGUUUUUCAACAGGACAAUGACCCAACACACCUCCAGGCUGUGUAAGGGCUAUUUGACCUAGAAGAAGAGUGAUGGAGUACUGCAUCAGAUGACCUGGCCUCCACAACCCCCCGACCUCAACCAAAUUGAGAUGGUUUGGGAUGAGUCGGAUCACAGAGUGAAGGAAAAUGAGCCAACAAGUGCUCAGCAUAUGUGGGAACUCCUUCAAGACAGUUUGAAAAGCAUUUCAGGUUUUUGAGCCAGCAAUCAUGGAUCUCAGCUGAAAGUCAAGCAACUGAAAAUAAAACCAAAAACCCACUGAGCCAUGGAGAAGUUUGGGAUGAGCUUUGGGGGUGGCCCCAGCAAGAAGGAGCUUGUGGACGCCAUAGAGACUCAGAGAAAGCAGUUGGUCCAGUAUCAAACACGUUUCAAGGAUGUUGUCAGGGCCUACAAGAGCCUGCUGAAGGAGAAGGAGGCUCUGGAGGCUAGUCUCAAGGUACUGACCGUCUCCCAGGAGGUCGACCUCAGCCAGCGUGGAGAUGACGACUCUGCCAGUGGCAGCCAUAUGACCUAUGACUUCCCAGAUGAUCACUGCUCCAUGCACAGCGAGGACAGUCUGGACACAGCAGCCUCUGCCGACACUGCUACCAGCAUUACCAGUGGGAGCACCAAGGGCGAGCAGGCUGAAGAGGACCAGGGUAGUAGCCCAGGAGAGAUGGGGGCGACCGGGCCUGGAGGCCCCUCAGUGUCCCAGAGGUCUGAGGAGGCUAGUGGGUCAGAGAGUGGUAUCAGCUCCAGCAGUAGUGGAGGGUCUGAGGUUCAGCAGCACCUAACACCCCCACCCACCUCUUCUAUGGAGGCUGACCGGAGGGUCCUCCAGCUGAAGACCCAACUGACCACCCUGACCAGCUCCCUGGCCACGGUCACGCAGGAAAAGUCCAGGAUGGAGGCCAACUUCCAGGCCGACAAGCGGAAGAUCAAGCAGGACAUGGAGGUGCUCCAGGGGAGGCUGGAGGAGUCCGGGAGGCAGCAUGAAGCAGAGAUCCAUGCCCUGCAUGAGCAGCUGGCGGAGAGCAAGGCUCGGGUUAUAACCCAGCAACAUGAGAGAGAGCAGGAGCAGGGUGACCACGCCCUCAUGCUCAGAGAGCUCCAAAAAUUGCUGCAGGAGGAGAGAAGCCAGAGGCAGGAUGCUGAGCUUCGGCUGGAGGACACUAGGGAGGUCCUGCUGGAGGUCACACAGGCCGCAGAUCGAGUGCACGAUUAUGAGGCCCGGCUAAAGGAGGUGACCCAGCAGAGGGAGGAGAUGAGGAGGAGCCUUCAGACUGCGGAGGCAGAGAGGAACAAGCCAGACCCACAGGUGGAGGAGCUUCAGCGGGAGCUGGCGACACUCAAGAACCACUUUCAGCAGCAGAUGCAGCAUGAGAUCAGAAAGGUGUCGCAGGCAGAGGAGCGUCUGCAGGGGCAAUCCCAGCUGGAGGAGGGCCGUGUGGCCAGCCUGGAGUUGCGAGUGUCUGAGCUGUCUGAGCUGCUUGGGGCCUGCGAGAAGGCCCGGCAGAGGGACCAGCAGAACGCCCACUGGCUGAGAGAGCGCAUCCUGCAGCUGGACACGGAGAACAAGACCCUGGCCAUCGCCGCUUCCACCCGCGGUUCCCCCCUGGACCUCAGCAUGGACGAGGCCAACCUGGACGUGAACGUGCUGAAGGAGCGCCUGGAGAAGGUGAAGAGACUUCUUCUGCUAGCCACACAGAGGAACCACCCAGAGCAGACCAUGGAGAUAGAGAAGAUGGCUGAGAUGGAGGGGCGGCUGGGUCAGGGGACGGGCAGUUGGGGGGAGUCGUCAGACGGGGAGAAGGCCUCUGCGCUGUACUACCAGCAGGAACUGCGGCAGCUGAAGGAGGAGUUUGAGCGCUACAAGGUGCGGGCGCAGGUGGUGCUGAAGAACAAGAACGCUAAAGACUGUAGCCUCGCCAAAGAGCUGGAGGAGGCCCGUGACCAGCUGGCUGAGCUCAAGGAGAAGUACAUCAACCUGCGUAUCCAUGGCGACGAGGGGGAGGCCAAGCACCGCCGGGAGCUGGAGGAGUGUCAGCAGGGGAAAGGGAUGCUGCAGCAGGGUCAUAAACAGGAGCUUGACCGGGCUGAGGCCCAAUACAGAGAGAGCCUCCUCAGGCUGGAGGGGGAACUGCACCGGCAGAGGGACCGCACCAUGGCCCUACUGCAAGAGAAGGACCAGGAGUUGGAAAAGCUGAAGUCUAUCGGCUACAGUCUCGCUGGUUACAGAAGCCACCACAGCGACGAAGGAGAAACGGGAGCAGACUUCAGAGCGACCGCGGACGGCGGCAGCAACAACGCCAACAACAUGGAUGAAUUGGCGCAGGAGGAGAGUGACAUCAUCACCCAUGCAUUGCGGCUGGCAGGGCCCAACGAGCCCACGCUCCUCCUGUACGUCGAGCAGCUGGCAAGAAAGGAGGUGGAGAUCGGCUCGCUGCGGCGGCAGAAGCACCGGCUCGAGGAGGACGUGCACCAGCUGCAGGGGAGGCUGAUCGCAAACGGGGAGCGCUACGACGAGGAGGUGGCUGAGCUCCGCGGCAGGCUGGACAAACGGCACAGGGACCAGGGCAGGGAGGGGGCCAACUUGGAGUACCUCAAGAACGUAAUCUACAAGUUCCUCACCCUUCAGGACACCAGGGGGCGUCAGCAGACCCUCACAGCCAUACUGACCAUCCUGCACUUCAGCCCUCAGGAGAAGCAGGCGGUGGUCAAACAGCACCAGAACCAGGCGUGGUGGACGGCAGGGAUGAGGUAAAGAUGAUGGGAGGAGAAGAGUUCAGCUCCUCACUCUGCAAAUAAUGAGAACUCAUUUGAAUUAAUCCCCCGACAGUCAACAAGUGUGUGUUUUAGUUUUCCUGAAUAAAGGCUAUUUAUUUUGGAGUGUUGUUUUCCCAGGAUUCCGGUGUGGUGUCACACACAACGUAGUCAUUUUGAAUAAAGUCUUGAGGAAAAUAAAAUGUAAUCAAGUGUCAAAGCGCAAAUGUUGAUCGCCAUUUCAUUUUCCUCAAGACUUUAUUCAAAAUGAUUGCUUUAUGUUACAUUUACAUUUAAGUCAUUUGGCAGACGCUCUUAUCCAGAGCGACUUACAAAUUGGUGAAUUCACCUUAUGACAUCAUGUGUGAAAGAAGCACACAAAACAUUGGGAUUUUGCAAUAUAAUCAGUGGAUAUUGAAGUGUGGGUUUGUAUUUGCCACUAUGUGAAGCUGCAUGUUUGGUUGUUUUGAUUCUUUGAUAAGAUAGAAUCAUAGCAUGAGGCUCACAUCUGUGUUUCUGUCAAAGGAAGGUAACCAAAUAUUGACCGUUCUUACACAGGGACAAGGACAGAAUCUGUUAACUUUUAGAUAACAAACCUCAGUCUAAUAAUUGGCCUGUCUGUGUAAACAUAGCCAUAAUUAUGUUUAAAGGAAAGAUUCCCUGUUCAAGCAGGCAGAAAUAUAUGGUGAAUUUUGCGUCAUUUUGAAAUAAAGCCAAUUAGUGGAAAAAAAUAUGCAAAACUCUUCAUACCGACUGUAUUUCUGUCUGCUUGAAGGGCGAAUCACUCCGCUACACAUGAAAACAUGAAAUGACCCUGGGAAUUGAUAGAACAUUGCUCAGAGAUGCACAAAUACGAUAGAAGAUUCUAAAUGGGUAAAUCUUCCCUUUUAAUACUGAGUGCAUCAGUAGCUUUAAAUGGAUUCUUCAGGAUUUUGGCAAUGCCUUUAUCUACUUCCCAGAACUCAAGGAAUCCAUUUGUAUGUCUCUGUCUGCAGAAGGAAGUUGCUAACUAACGUUGGCGCAAUUGCUAACAAGCGUUCACACAAUGACUGGAAGUCUAUGGUAACUGCUAUUAUGUUAGUAGAUACCUUAGACUUCCAGUCAUUGUGCUAACACUAGUUAGCAUUGGCUCAUUAAACUAACUUCAUAAAGUCAUAAAAAUGGUAUCCAUGAGUUCAUCUGACUCUGGGGAAGUAGAUAAAGGGCUUCAUUGCCAAAAUCUCAGUGUCCCUUUAAUGCUAGAUCUCCUGUAUGUGUACAUAAUUGUAUGAUAAUCUGAGGGCUAAAAAGCUGAAUACUUUGGUUGGUAAUUACAGUAUUUUCUAGUAUACCGUUUUGUGUGGAUAAUACAAUGCAUAUUUUUGAUUCCCUCAACAUGAAAAUUAAACAAUUUUUCUCAGCGA